UCCUGCGUCGCGCUGCUGGGCAAGGACCCCCUCGCCGAGGACCAGGCGCGCGCCGUGUGGGACAUCCUGCUGCAGGCGUUCCAGACGGCGGACAUGAUCCCGGACGAAACGAUCCGCUUGCUGGGCUGGGUGGCGGCGGGCAUUCCCCCGGACCACUUGGCCAACUUGUCGCUCAGCGAGAUCGACACGGUCGCCACGCUCGGCGCAUUCCACAACCUCAGCACGGAGCAGGUCGGCAAAGUAUUUUCAUUAGCAGCUGCAAAAAGGGACAGGAUGCUGAGAUGUUCGAAAUGGCAGUUGUCGACGCUGGCCGAGUCGGUGCGGAUGCAGUGGUCGGCGAAGGAGCCCGAGGACUUGAGCCACUUGGACCUCGCCGCCCUGAACCACAUCCUCUGCGGGUUCAACGCCUCGGACAUCGGGCGGAUUCACGCCGACGCCUACAAGGAGGCCGCCAGCUCGCUGUCGCUGCUGCGGUGCCCGGGGAUGCCGGGGGCGGUGCCUCUGCCGGGGGCGGGCGAUGGCAGCACCCCGGGGGUGGUCAUGGUGCCGGGGGUGGACCCCGGGGGCGGCACCCUGCCUGUGCGCGCGCUGGCCCUGCUCGCCGAGAGUGGCGACGCGUUCGGGGACCCCAGCGGUUGGGGCGCCAGCACGGCUUUUCAACAAACCUUAAAGAAACCUGCUCUAUUAGUACAUUCACAGAGUAAUGAAAUAAUCACAGAUUUUAUGGCUGGUAGCAACCCAUAA